CGCUUCGUUUCUUUACUGCCUCCUGGUGACGUAUUUCAACUCUAUGUGUGCGACCAUGGCAGUAUCAUCAAGACUCUUUUUUAAUGGAAUGUCACUUUUUAAUAACAGUAUUACUUAUAUUAACCGCGGAUUGUACAGCACGUUGGGAAAGGUGUUGUUUCGAGUUUCAUUGGCUUCCGAUGUGCAUAACAUUUCUCAGAAACGUCAUGCAGCUCACUUCAGUUUUCAUCCUGACCCAACACCAACACAGUAUGGGCCGACACAGAAAAUGAACCUUUUUCAGUCAAUAACAAGUGCCUUGGAUGACUCUUUGGCCAGAGACCCUACUGCAGUGAUAUUUGGAGAAGAUGUCGCCUUUGGAGGAGUUUUCAGGUGUACCGUUGGACUGAGAGACAAAUAUGGCAAAGACAGAGUCUUCAACACACCUUUGUGUGAGCAAGGAAUUGUCGGUUUUGGAAUUGGAGUUGCAACUACAGGUGCCACUGCAAUAGCAGAAAUACAAUUUGCAGACUACAUAUUUCCAGCAUUUGAUCAGAUUGUUAAUGAAGCAGCAAAAUACCGUUACCGCUCAGGGAACCAGUUUGAUUGUGGGAGCCUAACAGUACGAGCACCUUGGGGCUGUGUGGGACAUGGUGCACUCUAUCAUUCCCAGAGUCCAGAGUCUUUCUUUGUUCACUGCCCUGGAAUUAAGGUUGUUAUCCCCAGAAGUCCCAUACAGGCCAAAGGAUUGCUGCUGGCAUGCAUAGAGGAUAAAAACCCUUGUAUAUUCUUUGAACCUAAAAUUCUUUACAGAGCUGCAGUGGAACAAGUUCCCAUAGAGCCAUUCAUAAUUCCCCUGUCUCAAGCUGAGGUGCUGCAGGAAGGAAGUGAUGUUACACUUGUUGCUUGGGGAACACAGGUUCAUGUCAUGAAAGAAGUUGCAAAUAUGGCUCAGGAGAAACUGGGUGUGUCCUGUGAACUUAUUGAUUUAAAAACCAUUUUGCCUUGGGAUACAGAAACAGUGUGCAAGUCUGUAGCCAAAACUGGUAGACUUCUGAUUAGUCAUGAAGCCCCGAUUACUGGAGGGUUUGCUGCUGAAAUCAGUACAGUGGUACAGGAGGAAUGCUUCCUGAACUUAGAGGCUCCUAUUGCUAGAGUCUGUGGAUAUGAUACACCUUUCCCACAUAUCUUUGAGCCAUUCUACAUUCCAGACAAAUGGAAAUGUUUUGAUGCUGUUCGCAAAAUGAUUAAUUUCUGAACAAAAGAGCUACGUGGGAGGACAUUCAUUCUGGCCAACUUCAGGAAGUACAUAAUUCAUGAUUGCUCUGAUCCAUGGAUGUUUCCUGCAUUAAUAGUUUUCACUAGGUUGCUGCAGUACCCCAAGAGAACUGUGUGUAAACAUUUUAUUGACUGUGUGAAAUGUAAUUUCUUUACUACGUUUAUUUGGUGAACAGUAGAUGUCAUUUAUUGCAAUAAAAUGUGUGUCAUUCUUCCACUAA